GACUUGGAUUGACCGUUGGCACCUUCCAACCAAGGCAACUUCGAUUUAGUGCUCGUAGGAACCUGCUGUUUCUUCAUCACGUGCCAUCACUUAACGCGCGAGCUCGAUCGGAGUCGCGUUUUCUCGUCCCAUCUGCACGGUUGGCGCGACCCGAACUUUUCUAGUCAAGCUUUCCCGCUUGUCGCAUUCAAAGGCAUCUGCUUGAGUUCAUCCCAGAGUCCUUCUGGAACCAGCACAGGAAGAAGCCUGCACUUGAGUCCCGUACCAGACAGUGCUGCAACAGUUCGAAUGCGCCAUAUUCAUCUCCGCUCAUUUCACUUCUCAUCGCCAUUUUGUCGACCGCCCUGCGUGUCAGGCCCCUGACCUCUUCCUCUCUCCCUCCCUGUCUCCCCACCUGCCAUCUUAACAACGGUACGCUAUGGCAGCUAUGGAGAGCUUUGAUAACAUCUACCUGGAUCUGUCUAAGGACAGCGGAAAGUGCCGGUUUGCCGAGAAUGGCCUUGGUUGGAAGCCAAGCGGCAGCAGCAACACCUUCACCCUCGACGCGGGCGAUAUCGCGAGCGCUCAAUGGAGCCGUGCCGCCAAGGGCUACGAAGUCAAGAUCCUGAAACGAUCCUCUGAGAUAGUCCAUCUCGAUGGAUUCCAAGAAGAAGACCAAGCCCGUCUGGUCAAGAUCUUCAAGAACUGGUACAGUGCGAACCUCGAGACCAAGGAGCACGCUCUGCGCGGAUGGAAUUGGGGCAAGACCGAAUUUAGCAAGGCCGAGCUUGUCUUCAAUGUACAGAACCGACCCUCCUUUGAGAUCCCGUAUUCGGAGAUAUCCAACACUAACCUUGCUGGACGAAACGAGGUCGCGAUCGAGUUUGCUGCGUCGGACGAGGCCGACACGGGCACCAAUGGCCACCUGGGCGGUGCUCGAGGCCGAGGCAAAAAGUCGGGAGCUGGCAAGGAUCAAAUGGUAGAGAUGCGCUUCUACAUACCUGGAGUCACUACGCGCAAAGAGACGGAGGGCGAGGACGCUGGCAGCGACGCUGAACAGGAGGAGAAGAAUGCCGCGACCUUGUUUUAUGAGACGCUGAUCGACAAGGCUGAGAUUGGUGAGACGGCUGGAGAUGCCAUCGCCACAUUCCUCGAGGUUCUACACCUCACCCCCAGAGGCCGCUUCGACAUCGACAUGUACGAGUCAUCUUUCCGCCUUCGCGGUAAAACCUACGACUACAAGAUCCAAUAUGAUCACGUAAAGAAGUUCAUGGUGCUCCCGAAGCCCGACGAACUGCACUGCAUGCUCUGCAUCGGUUUGGAUCCGCCUCUACGCCAAGGACAGACGAGAUACCCGUUCCUGGUGAUGCAAUGCAAGAAGGAUGAAGAGGUCACGAUCGAUCUGAACCUGCCAGAGGAGCAACUCAACGAGAAGUACAAGGACAAGCUCUCGCCUCACUACGAACAGCCCCUACACCAGGUCAUCACAUACUGCUUCAAGGGCUUGGCGGGCAAGAAAAUCGUCUCUCCUGCCAAGGACUUCACCACGCACCGCCAGCAGACCGGUAUCAAGUGUUCUAUCAAAGCCAGCGAGGGUUUUCUUUACUGUCUCGAGAAGGCCUUCAUGUUCGUGCCAAAGCCGGCUACCUACAUCUCGUACGACCAAACGUCAUCCAUUACCUUCUCGCGUGUCGGUGGCGCUGUGUCCGCCCUUUCUACCUUCGAUAUUACUGUCCACAUGAAGAGCGGCGGCUCCAGCCAAUUCAGCAACAUCAACCGAGAGGAUCUCAAGGCUCUUGAAGACUUCUUCAAACUGAAGGGUCUAAGGGUCAAGAACGAGAUCGACGAGGACGCGAACCUGCUUGCGGCUGCUCUUCGAGAGGAAGCUAUGGCCGACGAUUCGGAAGAGGAAGCCGCACCCCGCGCCGAUCGCGGCUCGGCCGACGAAGAUGAGGAAAGCGUCGACGAGGAUUUCCGAGCUGAUUCGGAAAGCGACGUCGCUGAGGAGUACGAUUCCAACCAUGAGUCCAGUGGUUCUGGAAGCGGCGAAAGCGACGUCGAAGAUGACGGUGAUGCUGACGCUGAUGAAAUGGAUGUGGACGACGAAGACGAAGCUGAGAAGCCCCAGGCGAAGAAGGCGAAGACCAAGAAGUGAUGGAAGGAUGGAGCUCUUCCGUGACGUAGGGUCGGACAAGCAACGGCGUUAGGGUGGCUCGUGUUGUAUAAUCACGCUAUUCAACUGGAAUACGUCUUCGCGUAACUUUGCAGCAAAAGGGCUGCGUUCAGCGAGAUGAAAUGCAUUAUUUCCACAAUCAUCUCUGGCGAUGGACAAGAACGGAUACUUUCACCAAACCACAGAAUUCCCACCAAGGUCAAAUAAUCAAGUGAUCAGCACUAUGGCAACGGGUAUGAGGAUCCCGUAGCCAUUGAGUGACCCUCGUCUAGAAAGGCCGCACGGCUCAAGCUCAUGUUGUACGUUCUUGCG